AGCAGAGUGUACCGCCAGUGUUAACUGGUUACCUCGCCAGUCCGCUGUCUUUUGAAUAUUGAAACAUGAUAUAGCAAGGAUAUGCCUAAUCAUCUGAUCAUUUCAACUCGUUCUGUGGAUAGCGAUGAGUGAGACAGAAGGGGGUCAUGUCAAGUUGGAAAGGAGCUGACCUGAAGAAUUGGUACCUCCGGACAGUUAAGCUCGCUGCUGCGGUUGCUGUAAUAAAGAGCAAGCCGCCCGGGAGAAGCGGGAGACAGCAGGCCGAACACCUCGCAGCCGAGCUCCGGAGCCAGGAUGUGGACUGGAAGGCCAAAGCCCAGAGCCUGCAGGAGGAAGUCCUGCAUCUGCGGCAGGAACUGUUUCUUAACAAGAUCCUGUCUAGGAAUAGCACUUGUGAUGGAACAGGAGACGGCGGCAUCGAUCCGCUCCGCCCGGAACCCGGGGGCCCCGCGAAGGACACGCCAACCUGGGAGAAGGACUCCGGCUGCGACACGGAGGAGAACUCCGAAGCAGCGCCGCCCGCCCCGCACCCCGGGGAGCUCGCGCUGGCCGGCCCCGCCCCCCGGGCCCCGUCGAGCUCCGCCCCCGAAGGCGGGCCCCGGGACCGGGCCGUCCUGCUCCACACGCGGUUCCUGCAGAACCUGCUGGGCCUGGCUCGGCUGGAGGGCGAGGACCUCCCGGGCAGGGACCGCUCCGUGGUGCCCGAUUCCGUCUGCCAGUUGCUGUCGGGCAUGGCGUCGGCGUGCAGAGAGCUCCGCACACCGCCCCCCGCCCCGCUGCUCCUCCAGGCCGCCAGGGUGGCGGCGCGGGCGGUGGACUGCGGAAUCUCUGGCAGACUGCCGUCAGUGGGCGUCAUGGCACAAGUGGAGGACUCCCUGAAAGAGCUCACUGACCUGCUCCUGAAUAACAGCCAGCUCAACAGGUUUCAGAUGCAGGAGACCCUGGCCCAAUGUUUGACCCUCCUGGGCGGGAGCAGCUUGCUGAAGCCCUUGCUCAUUCGCCACAUCCUCUGCCAGAUCAACUGCUUUGCCAGUCAGCUGUGGGACAUAUGCCAGGACGAGGGAGAGGGGCGGCGGAGGUUCGACGUGGGGAAGUACGAGAACUCCUUCUACCUGCUGCGGGUCCUGGAGCAGCUCCUGCCGGGCGAGGGCGGAGUCGGAGGCGGGGCCGGAGGGGAGGGGCGGAGCCAGCAGCUGGGCCAGCUGGAGAGCCUCGCCCUGCGGCUGUCCGAGGAGUUCCCCCUGUUCGCCAUCCACGCCUGGAGGGCGGCCGCGCGCCCGAGCCCCGCCCACACGAUCGAGACCGCGGACUCCGCGCGAGUUCAGAGAUGAGAGGACCUGCCUGUCUGUUCUGAAGGUUUUUCUUAUUAUUCUGUCACCAGGGUCUGCAACCCUGGAGAGAGCCAAUGGGUGUGCUGGUUUCCGUUGUUACCCAGCAACUGAUUGAUCAGUCAAAGCGGAUUAUUACGCCGUUACCUCGUCCGACCUGGUUUCUUGAGUCUAAGUCUGUUGCUGAUUCGAAGGUGAAAACCAAAACCAGCAAACCCCUGUCGCUCUCCAGGACCAGAGCUCUGUUUUACAUUUUUACUUUUUCGUCCACAGCUCUUAGUGUUAGGAGGGGUUUUGAUUGACAUGACCUGAAGACUGAGGGGAAAACAGACCCCAAGUCGAAUCGAGCUUUACUCGUAACUGCACAUCUUAAGAUCUGAAUACGUUGUGUCCAACAGUUCAUUGGAAACGAAGCCCCUCUCAUCCUUAUAGUGUCUACAGAAAGAGAAGCCUGGUACAUGACACUGCUAAGCAUAAAUAAACAAAUACGUAUGAAUGUAUUUAGGAAACAGGAGAGAGAGAGAGCUGCAAGCUUGGCAGGUUUGUACAGUCGUUAAAGCCAGGCACUUGUGUAUGUCAGUUUUAUUGCUUACGGCUGGAUGUGUUGAACAUGUAAAUACACGAUUUGAAGAAAAAUAAAAGCUUAAAAUGUUGUCACCCUU